AUGGCGCCGACUGAUGUCUCCUUCAUCGGCGGCAAGGGUGCCCUGCUGUCGAGCGUGGUCAGCCUUAACCCUGGCAAGCUGCUCUCUGUCGUUGGCAUCACCCAGCUGCCCAAUGUCGGCAGCAUCAUUGUCAGCGCCGACGGCAGCUUCCUCUACAACGGCCCCAACCUUAACGGUUCCACCAAGGUGUGUGUCCAGGUCACCGACCUGCUGGCCACCGCCCCCAUCUGCAUCGACCUGAUCCGCAACCUCCAAGUGCCAGCCGUUGCUGGCAUUCUCCCCCUGGUGUUCAGCAACAAGACAGUCAUCGACCUCAAGGGCAACACCAACUUCACCAGCCUUCCUGGCAGCCUGCUCAGUGGGGUGAUUUCCCCCAACCUGCCCCUGGGCGGAAUCCUGGAUGUGCUUGGCCUGUCCAUCCUGCCUGACAUCGGCACCAUCACCCUCAACCCUGACAACAGCUUCACCUACACCGGGCCCAGCUUCAACGUUUGCAACAUCACAUGCCAGAAUGGAGGUGUCUGUGUUGAGAACAACAAGACCACCCCGGCCAUUGGUGCGCUGGAUGUCAAGGCUGACGGCUCGAUCACCUACAUUCCACCUAUCAAUUUUGUCGGCAACGUCACCUUCCCAGUGACAAUCACCGACCUGGCGUCGCUCAGGACUCUGAAUGUGGUGCUGUCUAUCACUGGCCCUGCACCCCCCGUCCCCACGGCCGUGGACGACACGUUCAACUGCCCUUUCGGCACCGACUGUGUGAUCUCAGCCCCUGGUGUGCUGGCAAAUGAUGUCAGCACCAGCUCAGGCGCAAAGCUUGUUGUCACCAGCAACACCGGGAACGUCACCGUGGCGCCCGAUGGCACGGUCACCCUGAAGUUCGUCCCUGGCUUCUCUGGCAACUCGGUCUUCACCUACACCAUCAGCGACGGCGUCUCAUUGUUCACCGCAACAGCCACCGGCACCCUGGUCGUCCCAGGCACCCAGCCCGUCGGCCUUGUCACCCAGGUGCUCAACACAUUCCUGCUGCUGACUCCUGCCGAUGGCAGCAACGCCAACGCCGUGUGCCCGGACCCCACGCCAGGGCUGGCUGAGAUCACCGCUGUGGCUGUGGCGAGGCUGAGCACUGUGCCAAACAUCACUGGCGUCCAGAGCUCUUUUGUGAAGUGCGACCUGGUGGAUGGUGGCAAGGUCCUUGUCACCAUGGCCACCACCGUCGGCGCCGCCACCGCUGGACCCAUCGCCACCCUGCUGUCCGCCGUCAACUCGCCCGCCGCCGUUGGCCCCGCGGCCACCAUUUCCAACGUUUGCACGUCGGCGCUCCUCGGGGCGCUGUGCAACAGCACCGCCGUCUUCAGCAGGCUGCGCGUGACGGACGGCUGCGCGACGACCGACAAUCAGUGCAUCCCCGCGACGCUGCGCGCCAAGCGUUGUGUCGUCAGCGGCCAGACGGUCGGCGGCUACGCCUUCGUCGCCUCUAGCCUCAACAGGAACACACCUUUUAUCGAUGCCAACGCGGCAGACACCUCGUCGGAGGAGCCCCAGGGCCGCCGCCUGCUGCAGCGGGUCCGCCAGGCCACGUUUGAAGGGUGCUGCGUGAGCCCCAGGCAGAGGGAGCCCGCGACUGGCACUGCAUCCACCUGCAGGAGGAUCAACGUCGGCAGGAGGUUCACCAGCCUCGGCCGCUUCAAGCCCACCACCUGCAGAUGUGCCAACAUCCGCGAGUUCGUUCAGUCUGAGAUGAGCAACCCCCUGAGGUGCACCAACAAGUUCCAGACCGUGGGCGGCGCCACCGUCAGCUGCACCAACGGCACCCUCAACCUGGUCUACCAGUCGCUCCCCCGCUAUGUCAUCGGCCGUGCCCAGAACAUCGUCGCCACGUGCACCAAUAGCAGGUUUACCCAGCUUUCCUCGUGCAACACUGUGAACGCACCUGGCACAGUUGUGAGCCCCUUGGUCACUGGCAACUUCCAGGUCACCAACCCGGACUUCGACGCCGGCUGCGUGUGCAAGUCGACCGGCCGCAAGCCGGUGCUGCUGCUCAACUCCGUUGAUGUCAUUGCGGGUCAGCAGUGCACCCCAUGA